AUUGAUAAAUCGAUUUGUUUGAUAAAUAAAUUGUCCUUCAAUAUGAUUGUAGGUCGUAAAAAUUUGUUUUAUUCAACCAUAGCAGUAAAGGAUUAAACACACAACCAAUAUUCAAUAAACAAUAAUCAUGUUCAAUAUUGAAACAUUAUCGGAUCGGGCAUUUGAAUUGGGCGAAGGACCACAUUGGAAUCCAGUGGAUGGCAAACUUUAUUUUGUUGACAUUUUAACUGGUCUUGUUGCAACAUAUGAUUCUGAUGGAAAAUUCUCUCAACUUUAUAAGAAUAAUGAUGAAGUUGUGAGUGUAGUAUUACCAGUUAAUGAUAAUGGUAAUGAUAAAGUUGUCAUAAGUGUCGGAACCAGUUUACGUUUAUUGGAUAUUCGAACAAAUACUGAAAAAUUAAUCGAUAAGAUUUCAAAUAAUGGUUUUCGUUUUAAUGACGGGAAAUGUGAUCCAUCCGGUCGAAUUUGGAUUGGUACGAUGGAAAAUAAUUUCAAAUAUCUACCAAAUGCAGCAUUAUAUCGAUUAAAUCCGGUGACAAACAAACUUGAAGUUCAAUUGGAUCAAGUAAUUCUAUCAAAUGGUCUUUGUUGGUCACUUGAUUCGAAAAAAAUGUACUACAUCGAUUCUGGCAAACGAUCUGUCUUUUUAUUCGAUUAUGACAUUGAUAAUGGAAAAAUAUCAAACAAACGCAUAUUUUUGGAUAUGAAUGAUAAUAAAGAUUUCACUUCGGAUGAACUACCGGAUGGAAUGACGAUUGAUGCAAAAGGAAAUCUUUGGAUUGCUAUGUUUCAAGGAUCACGAAUAGUCAAUAUUGAUGGCCAAAAUGGUAAACUAUUGCAAUCAAUACAAAUGCCAACUUCGUUGAUUACAUCCGUUUGUUUUGGUGGUCCAAAUCUGGAUGUAAUGUAUGUAACAUCAUGUCGCCAUUUUCUGACUGAUGAACAGAAAAUCAAACAACCAUUGGGUGGUUAUUGUUUCCGAGUGACUUCCAAAGAUCCUAACUUUAAGGGUCAUAAACCAAAUUUUAGUGCCAAUAUCAAAGGAAUUUAAAACCAAGAUUUUACAAGAUGAUUAUUAUCGAAAAGAUUUUGCAGCAAUUUUUAAUGAUAUAUCACAAUGAAAAAUAUUUGAUAAUGAUUCUCGAGCUUUUCGAACUAUGUUCGAAAUAUUCAAACCUUUUGGGCCAAUUAAAAGUGAAAGAAAUUUUUCUGGA